AUGAAAUUGUCCUCUUUCCUACCGGAGCCUGUGACUCUGGUGGUGCUUGUGGUCAUGGUGGCUCUGACCUCUGCUAAAACAACCGCGCGGCCCAAAUACUCGUUAACAAAGAAGCCUCUGCGAGAACUGCCCCUGACCACCACGGGGUGGCACACCAGCCCUGCGAAAGUCACCCAGCCUAUGGAGCACCGUGCAGUCCAGCAAACCACCACCGUGCCCAGUGAGCUGGCCUCAGAUUAUAGCAUGGGCGGAACAGCGACCACUGGUGGCGGACAGGAGAACUACACCCUGGAUUAUAGCGAGUGCUACUUCAAUUUCUGUGAAUGCUGCCCCCCAGAGAAGGGGCCUAGAGGGUCAAAGGGUGACAGGGGACUGCCAGGUACUACAGGUGCAAAGGGUGAACCAGGCCUGAGGGGACUACCUGGGCUCUCAGGUAUACCUGGAGCUGUGGGAUUCAAGGGAGACAGAGGAGUGAAGGGGGACGCAGGAAGCAGUGGAGCAGCAGGAUCUCACGGGAUGCCAGGGAGGCAGGGAGACAGAGGUCAGAUGGGCCCUAAAGGUGACAGAGGGGAGUAUGGCUCUCCGGGGCUGAAGGGGGAGAAGGGUGAGAGGGGCCCCCCAGGAGAGAACGCCACCAAGGGGGAGCCGGGCGAGCCUGGGAAGGCUGGACCCCCCGGACCCGUGGCCGGCCCCGGGGUCAAAGGUGACAAAGGGGACAGGGGCGAGUGUGGGGGUCACGGGGAGAGGGCUCUGAAGGGCGACAGGGGUGACAACGGCCCCCCGGGCAUAAGAGGCGAGUCCGGCACCCCUGGGCUCAACGGCAUGCACGGCACACCGGGUCUGCCCGGCGAGAGAGGGGAGGCCGGCCGGCCCGGUCCGCCAGGAGACGCGGGACCCCAGGGGCCGCCGGGAGCCAUGGGCCUGCGGGGGCUGCGUGGGAUGAAGGGGGACCGCGGGCCGCAGGGCAAACGCGGCGACCGGGGCAUGCGCGGCAUGAAGGGCUCCAACGGGAACCACGACGAGCGGCCUCGCUCGGGCUUCAGCGUGGGCCUCUACCCCAGCAAGUCCUUCCCGCCGUCCGGCUUCCCUGUCCGCUUCGACAAGGUCUUCUACAACGGCGAGGGCCACUACGACCUGGCCACCAGCAAGUUCAACUGCACGCACCCCGGCGUCUAUGUGUUCGCCUACCACCUGACUGUGCGCAACCGGCCGCUGCGGGCGGCGCUGGUGGUGAACGGCGCGCGGCGCCUGCGAUCGCGGGACACCCUCUACGGCCAGGACAUCGACCAGGCGUCCAACAUGGUGCUGCUGCGGCUGGCCGAGGGGGACCAGGUGUGGCUGGAGACCCUCAGGGACUGGAACGGAGCCUACUCCAGCAGUGAGGACGACAGCACCUUCACCGGCUUCCUGCUCUUCUCUGACACCAACUGAGAGCCCCGACAGUGGACUCUUGAGCAUCGAACUGAGAAAUCCCAAUCCAUCCCCUCCUGUCCCGUCCGAUUCCAAAAACAAGGCCACUGAAG